UUUUAGCCGCAAUAUAAUCCAUUACCGCAAUAUGUAUGGACUUGUGUUAAAAAGCGUGGUUGAGUGCGUCGAAUUGGAAUGGGGCGUCGCUAUUUGGAAUCAAAUGGCAAAGAAGAUAGGAAUUGGAGGUGUCGGUUUCUCUAUUCAUAAAGUUUACGAUGAAAACUUGAUGGCAAUUAUUGCAGAGUCUGUCGCGUGUGAAGUGGAUUGUCCUGAGAGUGAAAUAAUGUUUAAGUUUGGGGCUCAUUUCAUGACAUUCGUGACACGUUACGGAUACGACCAGAUCACUUCUGUGUUGGGGAGAAAAUUGUGCGAUUUCAUUAACGGUUUGGAUAACUUGCACGAUUACAUAAGCAACUUAUACAAAGACAUUAAGCCACCAAGUUUCUAUGUCGAAAAAGAGGAUGAUGAAGGGUUGGUUUUCCAUUACAAUACUUCACGAAAAUAUGUUGGUUAUGUUCACUAUGUGCGCGGACUCAUUCACUCAGCAGCUGUUAUGUAUUAUGAACUACAAGAUGUUAAAGUUGAAACUUUGAAACAAGAAGUUCUUGGUGAAGUAAUGCAUAGUGUAUUGAGGGUGACUUAUCAAAACUGUACCGUUCGAAAGCAAGAUCCUUGGUUGCCAGCUUUAUCAAAACUACGUUCUAUUACACCAGUGAGCGUGAACAGCGAUAUUGUUUUUGAUACUUUUCCUUUUUCCAUCAUUUUUGACGAAACAAUGCAGGUAGUAACGUGUGGUGUGGGAGUUGUAAAAACCUUUCCGACUCUCAUUGGAAAGAAGAUAACCGACUUUUUUGUUCUUACCAAACCAAUAGGAGUUGACCUUACUUGGAAUUUCAUGAAAAACAGACCUGUUAAUGUAUUGGUUGAAUUGACGUCGACUGUAGCUUUGUGGGCAGAAUACGAAGAAUAUCUGCGAUCGCAAGAGAUAUUGGAUACGGAGCAUCCCCCACUACCACCCAAACAAAGAGAUGACUCGGUUUCAUUGAAGCUCAGAGGGACUACGGAUUAUCUUGGAAGUUGGAACGCGGUCAUCUUCAUGUGCACGCCAAUCUUUGACAAUAUGGACGUUAUGAUGGACGUUGGUUUAUACAUCAGCGAUCUCAGUUUUCAAGAUUCCCUUCAGAUGUUGUUGAUGACGGGUCCACAGCAAUCUGCUGAGCUUAAACUAGCUUUGGACAUGGAACAAGCAAAGACGUCGAAACUCGCUGACACUUUGGCAGAACUUGAAAAAGAGAAUCAAAAAGCUGAAACCAUUGUAUUUUCUAUGAUUCCAAAAGAAAUUGCUGUCAGGCUGAAGAAGGGAGAAAGUGCCGUCAGCAUUGCAGAGGUGUUUGAAAAUGUUACAGUCCUUUUCAGUGAUGUGGUUGGUUUUACAAACAUUUGCACACGAAUAACACCAAUGGAGGUUAUCGCUAUACUUAACAAGAUAUACACUGUGUUCGACACCCUGUCUGAAAGGUAUGGUGUCUUUAAAGUGGAGACAAUUGGGGACGUGUACAUGGCUGUUUCUGGUGCACCAGUGCGUACACCUCUACAUGCUCAACGUAUAUGUGAUAUGGCACUUGAAAUGCAAACAGGAAUCAGCCAUGUCAAGAAUCCGGUUGGUGGGGGAUGCAUUCCAAUCAGAAUCGGCAUCCACUCUGGGGGUGUGGUUGCUGGGGUUGUGGGAAGAAAAAUGAUCCGAUAUUGUUUGUUUGGAGACACUGUCAAUACAGCAUCUCGACUUGAAAGCACUGGGAAAGGGAGAGAAAUUCAUGUCAGCAAGUCGGUAUAUGAUCUUGUUUACCGAACCGAUGAUUAUAUAUUUGACUCACGGGGAGUGGUUUACAUUAAGGGAAAGGGUCAAAUGAGAACGUUCUGGUUAAAGGCAAAGAAAGGGAAGGUCAUUUCUAUUCCCGGUUCGAGUUUAUUAGAUCAACGAUCCAUCAACUCCAAGGCUCAUAGUAAAACUAUUGAAGGAACGGGUUUGAUUGAGAAGGCAAAUUAUCAACCUGAUAUAAAAAAACUUGAUGAUUCUCUUAGCUUCAGCAAAGCUGUUGAGAAAAUCGUGUAUCGACAAACAAACGACAUGAAAAAUUAUCAGGAGGAAAAUUAUCCAAAAGCAGAAAAAGCCAUGAGACAACUGAAAGUUGAAGAAUGCAAAAAGGCACCUACAAUUACCAACGCACACAAGAAUUCAACUUCCAGUUCACCAGAAGUGGUAGAAGAUGCCGCUAAGGAAAAAGAUCGAGCAGAAAAAGUGCCGCAGCUAACACCUAGUUGUCGGAACCCAACAGAAACAGCAAGUCACGCCACUCCACCAGUUGAGACGGGCAACCCCUGGCAAUCUGAAGCGUCUUCAGUGCACGAUCUACUCUUGCCAUUAUAAUGUUUUUGCUAAGUCAACUUAGUUUAAGAAAUGUAAUAUACACUGAGCCGUAAAAUAAGUUCCUGUAAAUACUCAAAUGUAAUUCAUGUUAUGUAUAUGUUGGGUGCAUUUACGCCAUAACAAAAUACAUUGUCAAUAGAACCAA